AAACCAAAACAAAAACAUUCAGGGCAGGAAAAAGCGAAAAGCCAGCUACGCAGUUAACCUUUUAAACUGCUUCAAAUGAGCAAAGAAGCGACUAAACUAGCAAAUACGGUACCAUCCCGCCUCCUGUGUGGAGAUUUGAGUAGCUUUUUUCGGAUUCGGCUUUGCCUACACGAGUACAAUAUGAUUAAUUUGGUUAGCCAUCUUGUACGCUAGCUAAUACAUGAUCAAGUUAGCAGGCGUUACAAGCAGCCAAGGGCUUCGGGCACUUCCCCCAAUCCACAACACAGUGCUCAGCCUGCUCAGCUUUAUGAAAUGAAACCAAUACACACGGAUUUGUGUCCGUAGGACUGUUUCUGAUGAUGUAUGAGGACGUGAGUAUCGUUCUAUAAGGUCUCUUCUAGGGAGAUCAUCUUCAGGAGAAGGAAUGGACGAGCAGAAGUCAAACUGCGAAGAAAAUGAUUCGGAAAAAGCAGCUGAUGACAGUGCCUCUUCAAACAAGACCGUCCCGUCUCAGGGGGAAUCAGAAGCCCCUUUUGCUGCAGAGGACAUCUCAGGCACUACUGUGGACCCUUCCAGUACACCAGCGGAGAUUGUCAGAGCCUGUGCGCUUUGCAAUUGUGUUGAGAGAAGUCUUCAUGGACAGAGAGAGCUCCGGUGUUUCGGGCCCUCUUCCCAUUGGCCCAAUCUGGAGCCGUCUACCUCCUCACUGCCAUUAGCUGGAAAUGAUGACCUGUCUUCCAUUGGCUUCUCUGAACCCAUCAGUCCUGUGUCUCUCUUUGCUGACAAUGGGAGCUGUUGGGUUCACCACUGGUGUGCAGUAUGGUCAGAAGGGGUGCAAAAGGGCGAGGGAGAAGAGCUGAAAAAUGUGGAUAAAGCGGUCAUCUCAGGGAUACAGCAGCCGUGUGAUUAUUGUAAAAGGAUGGGUGCGACCAUCAGGUGCCGUGCUGCGGGUUGCUCACGGUCCUACCACUUCCCUUGUUCGGCUGCGAGUGGAUCGUUUCAGUCCAUGAAGCAGUUGGCUCUUCUGUGUCCUGCGCACAUAGACCAGGCUGAAGAAAUGGCUGGAGAGGAGGCGCGCUGUGUGGUAUGUGACUCUGCAGGAGAGCUGACAGGGUUACUGUACUGCACAGGCUGUGGGCAACACUACCAUGAUGCCUGUCUCGAAAUCAGCGCCACACCGCUCCAGCGCUCGGGCUGGCAAUGCCCAGAGUGUAAGGUGUGCCAAACCUGCAGGCAACCGGGGGAAGACAACAAGAUGCUGGUCUGUGAUGCAUGUGACAAGGGCUAUCACACAUUUUGUCUGCAGCCAGCCAUGGACUCUGUACCCCCUGAUUCUUGGAAGUGCAGAAGGUGUCGCGUGUGCACCGACUGUGGGGCUCGAGGUCUUAUUCUCCCUGGCUCUGAGCAGUGGUUUGAAAGCUAUUCAGUCUGUGAAAACUGUCAGCGACGGCGCAUAUCUGUCUGUGGGGUUUGCAGUAAGGUCACUGAGUCAUCUGUCACACUACAACACCACUGUUCCAUCUGUCACAGGUGGGUACACAGUGAGUGUGCAUCAGUCUCGGAACCUCCAGAUGAAAAAUGCAUCUGCAUUAUCUGCAGAGAAGCGCAGACUGUUGUCUCUGAGACAGAGCAGUCAUCUACACAAGUAGAUAUAAAAGCAGAACCAGAGGAGGAGCCCAUGGAGUUGGAAACAGACGCUGAAGUUGUUGAAAUGGAAGAAGUUCACAAGAGCAUUACUGAAGAGGGAUCACAGCAAGAGAAAACUGUGGUUUCUACUGAUUCACACCUUAAUGGUCAGGACUCUACUAAGGAACAGACCCCUGCAGUCAGGGUUUCAGGUGUAAGUGAUGACAGCGGAGUCACACAAGGCUGUAGCGAAUCUGUUGCCGAUGGUGCUGUUAGUAUAGAGGUUGAACCUAAAGCCCAGGCCACAGUGGACAGCCUCGCUAACCCCGUCACUGUCACGAUGCUGGAAUCAGAAUCUAAAGUAGCAGAGGCUCAUGCAGAGGAUGGUCAGCUACAAGAGGAAGUCAGCAGACAGGAGGGAAAGGAAUCGAGCAGUAAUUUGAACAUUACAGCAAUGGAACCUACUUUGCUCUCUUCCUCAUCACCUCCUGCUCAGAUCCCUCUUCCUGCUGGUUUAGAUGAGGCAGAGCCUGUUGCCAUGGACAUCUCAGAGGUGCAGAAUGAGGAUGUUUCAGAAAGGACUUCUCCCCCUGUUCCUCAGGUGGAACCCUCUGCCUCAGACACAGAUGAGCGAGUGGGUCAGUCAGAGGAUGAUGAGGAUGAGGAAGAGCUGUUAGAGGAGGCACACUGUAAGGAUGAGAGUCAGGCUGAAGAUGUUAUAAAGCAGGAAGCUGAUUCUCAAGAAACGAGCAUCAAGUCAGAACUGCUCCUGGAUGAGAUGUCCAACAUGAGCCACGGUGAUGAGAGCAGCAGUGGCUUCCUAGGCUCACCAGCAGAGGUGGACUCGCAGAUGCUGUCCAUGGACCUUAGUGUUGUGCCAGCAGGCAGGGCACGCUCCGAUUCCUUGCUCACUGAGAGUGAUGAGUUUUUGUCCUUUGACACCCUCAAGUCGGAUGGAGAGAAGUUAAAGCGGCGAGGAUCUCCAGGUCGCUCCAGAGUGAAACAGCAGGGAAGGGGUGGUGGUUUCCCAGGAAGAAGGCGACCACGAGGCGGAGGAAGCGGAAGAGGACGAGGACGAUCACGUCUCAAAGCUAUGGCUUCUUGCAUUGAUGCUUUCUUACAAACAAUGAAUGCAGAUACCGGAUUGAACAAAGAGGAUGAGGAGGAGGAAGAUGACACAAUGCAGAAUACAGUGGUGCUUUUCUCCAACACUGAUAAAUUUGUUCUUUUGCAGGACAUGUGUGUGGUAUGUGGCAGUUUUGGGCGCGGAGUAGAGGGCCAGUUGUUAGCUUGUGCUCAGUGCUCCCAGUGUUACCAUCCAUACUGUGUCAACAGCAAGAUCACUAAGAUGAUGCUAAGGAAAGGCUGGCGUUGUCUUGAGUGUAUUGUUUGUGAGGUGUGUGGGAAGGCCUCUGAUCCUUCACGGUUGCUGCUGUGUGAUGACUGUGAUGUCAGCUAUCACACCUACUGCUUGGAUCCACCACUGCACACGGUGCCAAAGGGAGGCUGGAAGUGCAAAUGGUGUGUAUGCUGUAUGCACUGUGGGGCCAGUUCACCAGGGUUUCAUUGCGAGUGGCAGAAUAACUAUAACCACUGUGGCCCUUGUGCCAGUCUGGUCACAUGUCCUGUAUGUCAUGAGAAUUUCAUGGAAGAAGAACUGCUUCUGCAAUGCCAACACUGUGACAGAUGGGUGCAUGCGGUAUGUGAGAGUCUCUAUACUGAAGAUGAGGUCGAACAAGCGUCUGAUGAGGGCUUUGCCUGUACAGCCUGUACUCCAUAUGUUCCCAGACCCAUCGUGGAGUCCCCAAUGAUGUCGGCAUUCAAAAUAAAAGAGCCUGAGCCACAGUUUUACCGUCUUGAAGGUGUCUGGCUUACGGAGGCUGGAAUGUCUUUACUGCGAAGUAUUUCUAUGUCACCUCUGCAUAAGCGUAGACAGCGGCGUUCCCGACUGGGUACCAUCUGUAUUGAUGGAGCUCCUGAAGGUCUGGAGCCGAAAGAGGGCGAUGGUGAAGGAGAGGAUGGGAAAGGGUGUGCUGAAUCAAUGGACUGUGAGUCUAAACUGGAAGCUCCUGGCAGCCCAGAUCGUGGUGAUGGUAUGGACAAAGAGCCAGGGGCCGACGGAGGUAUAGAGGGGACGGGUGACUGUGGUGAUCUGAAAGGAGCAGAUGAUACAGAUGAUAGAAAGAAGAGAAAGCGAAAACCAUACAGACCAGGCAUUGGAGGGUUCAUGGUCCGGCAGAGAAAAUGUCACACACGGAUGAGGAAAAGUCUGUCUACAUCAGGUGAUGGUGUGCCUGAAGGACAGGCCACAGAGACCAAACUUGAAGAAGGCCCUCAUCCUGAUAUGGAUCCACCUGAUGUCAAAGCAUCGGAGGGAGAUGGUGAACUUGCCAAAAAACGUAGAGGGAGAAAGAAAAGCAAAUUAGAAGACAUGUUUCCUGCAUACUUGCAAGAAGCUUUUUUUGGAAAGACAUUACUUGACCUGAGUAAAAGGGCUUUUCUAGCCCCUCCAGCCCAGAGACAUUUUCAGGGCAUGCCAAGACCCUCAUUACCUGCUCCUGGCUGUAGACCUGCCGUUUCAGAAUCAGCAGAGGUUGAAAACCGAGCACCUGAAGCAACCCUGCAGCUGAAGCGCGAGGCUGAUGGCUUAAAACCUCAAGAAGAUAUAAAACUAACUGCAGGAGCAGGUGAGCAGCCCUCUGUCAGUGAUCAGAGUUUAGGUGACACCCCUGCUUCAAACAUUCAGAAAAAUGGAGGUCUUCCACAGGGGACAGAAAAGCAAGACUCUGAGCAGUUCUUCCGUAAAGUACUUAGACCCUCAGAAGGGAGCACUCUAAGUGGGACAAUUCAAACUAGUACAAGGCCUUUACAAGAAGGGGAGAGUAAUCGCACUGGUUUGCCCUUAAGAAACCUUCCUGGUGCUUCCACAUCUGGCUCAUUGCCCUCAGCUAGUAUGAUGGAGCCUUUUCAGUCUCCAUUUUUUGAUCCACUUGAUCGUGGUGGAAUUUUCAGUCCAGAACAGGAUGAGGAAAGCCCUUGGGCAACACCUUCCACGCCAGCAACUCCAACUACUCCUCCAACUCCUACUGAACAGGAGGGAGAUGGCCUGUCAUACAAUCAGCGUAGCUUACAGCGCUGGGAAAAAGAUGAAGAACUUGGAAAUCUAUCCACGAUUUCUCCUGUUCUCUAUGCUAACAUCAAUCGCCCUAAUCUCAAACAGGAGUUCCCUGAUUGGGCAAGCCGCUGCAAGCAGAUAAUGAAGAUAUGGAGGAAGGUAUCGGCUCCUGACAAGGUUCCAUUUUUGCAAAAGGCCAAAGAUAACAGGGCAGCGCAGAGAAUCAGCAAGGCACAGAAGCAAGCAGAGAGUCAGGUGUUAAGGCCUGUUAAAACGGAGCCAGUACGGAUAAAAGCGGAGCGCCCAAGUCUGCACCUUCAAAUUCCACCACCCUCUGGGUCUCUUUCCACUCCCUCUCAGCCUAGCUCUGCUGAAAGUGCAUUUCCCUUUACCCCAGAUACUGCUUCUUCAGUUUUUUCUCCAGAUGAUUCUCUGAAGGCUUCAGGUUCAACAGACAUUCAUACCGACUCUUUUCCCAAGCCUCCAUCUCAGUCCCCACAUGCACAGUCUCAACCAUCAACUCCCUAUUCACAGCCUUCCUUUAGCCCUCUGCAGGCCUCCUCAGGUUACCCUUUACCUGGCCCACAGGGCGCUCCUCAGGUACGGCCGGCCAGUCUUGGUUCCCAUGAUAUGCAGCCAGGAAUGUCUCGCAAGGCUCAGCAGGUUGAUCCAUUCUUUAAACCUCAGCAGCAGAUCUUUUCACCCCAACAGGGAUCUCAGGAACCUGUUGGCCUACCUGAGAGUCCUCGACCAAAAGCAGUUGGGACUGGAGACCCUUCUUUGUUUUCUUCCCCUCACACAACUCACCACGGAGACCCAAUUCGUGCCCGACAAGAGUACACUUCCUCUUCGUCCCCCUCAACGGUUGCUUCUUCGCCAGGAGGAAUGCUGCAAAACAGGGCGGAGAUGAGUGCUCCAUCUCCCCGAGCCUCUACUGGUCUAGGCACAAAUUCCCCUGCAGGGAUGGGGGAUUCUGGAGAUGGCUUGUUCAAAGCUCCUAUGACACCACGCAUGCAUCAGGGUGAUGCUGGGACUUCAUUUACACCACUCCCCCCUAAUCUAUCUCCUAAUCAUCCUCCCGAGAGCUAUCGUCAGUCUCCUUCUGCUUUUUCUGAUUCAUGUGUCCAGUCUCCUCUUACGCCUCGGCCCCAGUCAGGAGAUGGUUCAUCCCCCUUGCUUCAGAGACUGCCUAUUUCCCAGCAAGAAUCUUAUCCAAAAGUUGCCUCUAGCCCUCAGUCACAGGGUAGUUCUCCUCUUACUCCAGGAGCACUUUCUAAUGAUGGACUAUCUGUGCAGUCACCAGCUACCCCACGCUUUCAGUCUCCAGACCCUCACUCACGGCCACCCUCACGACCUCCCUCACGACCUCAGUCCAGAGACCCUUUCACCUCAAUGCACAAACCUCCUCGUCCAGCCUCCGCAGUCACAGAGGCUCCCUUUAGAGGAUCACCUCAUUCCAACCAGCAGACUCCUUGUUCACCAUCAGUAGGAGAUCCACUAAGUGGCAAACCACCUGGACCACCUGGUUUUAGUCGCAGCCCCAGCAUGGAUACCCUUCAAAUUAGCCAGCCACAAACAGUGGGCUCAAAACAAGUAAUAACUUCCCAGCAAGCUCAGGUUCAACUCCAGCAGUCAUCAUCUAUGGCACCAACCAUGGCUACUGAUUUAAAUGCUAAGACACACAUACCAGCUGGAAAUCAAGAUCAUUUACCAGUCAUACCAGGCGCCCAAGAGCUGCCUGACCUUUCACCUGUACAGGACCAGUCGCUUAUUGGCCUUAGUCCAUCAGAGCUUGAAAAGCACAGACAGAAACAGAGACUUAGAGAAUUUCUUAUAAGACAGAAAAUGCAAAGAAACUCCCUUCGGCAAGAGAAGGAGGCGAAUACACCCAUUAAUAAUGCUCCAAAUUGGCAAGAAGCUGAAAUGUCUGUUUUUCAACAAGAUAAAUCUCAGCGAGCGCCACCUCCUUAUCCACAGGACAGAGUAGCUGUUGCUCAAGAUGCCAUCCCAGGAAAGCUACCUCUACCUAUGGGAACAGUAGACGAGAAGUUAUGCCGCCCUCCUCCUCCUCCUCCACCUCCGCCUCUUCCUGGGACACCUGGUAUAAUGGACCUUAAUGUGCUAAGGCAACCUGGCGCUAAUGUUUCCCAGGGGAUGUAUCCUCGUCCACCACUUCCUACCCAGUGGCAAGGUCAGGUUGCUGGUCCACGUAGGUUUCCACAACCAUCCAUGAUGGAAAUUGGACCCAGGCACCACCUUAAUGCUCCUUUGAACAACCCUCUUAAUAUGCAAGGGAUGCAAGGCAUGCCUAAUCCUCUAGCUGUGUCACAAGGCCCUAGACCUGAGACAAUGCAACACCCUGUGUCUGGACCUCCACCCCAGUUCAUAGAAUUGAAACAUAAUGCCCAGAGGCUACCAAUUGGACCCCAGUUUUUGGCAAGGACACCUCCGCCCCGACCACGCCUAUUUAUACCACAGCAGGAUGUGUCUGCUGGGUUUGUCCCAACAUCAUUACCACCUUCUUUUGCUACUCAGGGGGAAGGUGGGCAAGGUCCCAGACUUGGGUUGCCACAAGCUAACUUGGGCCAAUUAAUGACUAAUCAGAGCAAUAUUCCUCCAUCCCAACCCCAGUUACAGCCACAGGAUGUCCCAUCUACCCAUUCAAACACCUCUGUCUCCCAUGCAACUAUUCAGCAACAGAGUUCUCAAAACAAUUCUACGGGAGAACAGCAGCCUGUGGAAGAGACUGUCCACUUACCAGAGACUGACCUUGAGGAUCCAUUUGCAGCCAAAGACCUUGGAGAAACAGGGGGAGAAGCUGGAGUUGAAGAUGAGGAUGAUCUUGCACUUGAUUUGGAUCCUGAUAAAGGAGAUGAUGAUUUGGGAAACCUUGACAACCUUGAAACAAAUGAUCCCCAUUUGGAUGAUCUGCUUAACAGUGAUGAGUUUGACCUGCUUGCAUACACUGAUCCUGAGCUUGAUCAAGGUGAUCCCAAGGAUGUUUUUUCUGACCAGUUACGGCUUGUUGAAGCAGAAGGUGAGGGUUCAGGCACUAAGGUGGAAGAGAAACCUAAAGCUGGUAUAACUGCCAAGCAGUCACACACAGCUUCCACACAACUACAUUUAAAGACUGAGACUUCCACAGCUUCUGAUGUUUCUCUUCCUCUCAAGUCAGAGACCUCGGAUACCAGUGAACUUGCUACAGUAAAACUCAAAGAGAAAAGCUUGAUUGGUUCUCAACAGUCAGCACAGAAUGUGGUUAAAGAUGAAAUGGGGGAAGCUGUGUCUUUGCUUCUUAGUGGAGCACCAUCCAAGGUCUCAACUCAGCCAGAGAAUUCAUCUGCCUCACUAAGCACUGUCCGCUUAGGUGGUGUUCCAUUUCCUCCUCCCACCCAAGCUAAUACUCUGACUUUUCCUCCAGCUACACCACAUCCAGACCUACCUGACAAUCCACUUGAUCUACCAGAUGGGGGUGGCCAGCACUCACCUGCAGUUGAUCUUGACAAAGUAGAAAGCUCACUUGAGGCAAGUGAACUGCCUCUUUUAAUUCAGGACUUAUUGGAGCAUGAAAAGAAGGAGCUUCAGAAACAGCAACAACAGCAACAGUUGAAUGCUCUACAAGGGGGGUUAGGCGGUCAUCUUCAUAAUAUUCAGAAUCAGCAACAGCCAUCUGGUGGACCAGGUCAGAUCUUACUACCCCAUCAUCGUCCUCCUCAGGCUCUUGUGAGUCAACCAGGAAUGGUACCAAGGCCUCCGCACAUGCUAACUCCACAGCAGCAGAGGAUGCUUAGUGCGCCAAUGCCUCCACCUGCUCAUGUGGCAGUUGUGCAACCACAAGCCAUGAUAAGAGCUGGACAGCCAAGCAGCAUUCACCCAGCUCUUGAUCCACAGCAGCAAGCAACACCACCUCAACACCAUCCAAAACCACAAACUGUACCUACCAACUUCUUCCCAGAUAAAGAUCUGGAUAAAUUUAUGACUGAUGAUAUAAUGGACCCCAUUGCCAAAGCAAAGAUGGUGGCUUUGAAAGGCAUCAAAAGGGUGUUGACUCAAGACCCCAUGAACGUACCGCCUGGUAUCAAUAGGCAACAGGUCUCACUUCUGGCCCAGAGGUUGGCUUCCACACCAGGAAGUGCAGACACUCAGACCCACAUUAGUUCUGGAUCAUCCAAGGAGGGGGAAAGCAGUGAUAAAGCCCAGCCACGACCUAAUCCUCCACAAUUUGUCCAAGGCAUCAUUAAUGAUGCUGAACAGCACCAGUAUGAAGAGUGGCUUGUACACACCCAGCAACUGCUGCAGAUGCAGCUAAAAUGUCUGGAGGAACAGAUAGGAGCACAUCGUAAAUCCCGCAAAGCACUUUGUGCUAAGCAACGUACGGCUAAGAAAGCAGGACGUGAAUUUGCAGAAGCAGAUGCUGAAAAGUUGAAACUUGUCACUGAAGAGCAAAGUAAAAUCCAGAAACAGCUGGAUCAGGUUCGUAAGCAACAAAAGGAGCACACCAAUCUGAUUGCUGAAUACAGAAGUAAGCAGCAGCAACAUCAACAAGGCUCAUCCAUGCUUGCACCAGGUCCCUCAAACCAGGGACCUCACAUGCUCUCUAAGAUGCCAGGACAGAUGAUAAUGGGUCAGCAAGGGGGACUGAUGAUGGGUCAAGUACCUGGAGGCAUUCCUCAAGGGGGAUUGCCAGUUAGAAUGCCACAAGUGCAUCCCUUUACAGCAGGCCAGACUCCUCACCCUGGGGCACUUGGCACUGGACCACCUGGCCCAACUGGUGGAUUUUUUCCACAAGCGACUGGUGCACAAGGACCAGAUCCAAGGCUCCUCCAGGAAAGGCAUAUGCAACAAAGGAUGCAGAUGGUUCAAAAACUGCAACAGCAGUUUAUGAUGGGACAGCAGCCUGUCACACAUCAAAGCCAACAGCCCGGUGUUAUAAAUCAGCAGGCUGGACCGAUAGCAGGUCAGGCACCCCAGGCAUUGAUGACCAAUGCAUUAAUGGGUCAGCAGCAGCCAAACUUGCAACCAGGAUUAAUAACUAACCAGCAACAUCAACAAGGCCUUAUGCAGGUUCCUCAGGGCAUCAUGGGAAACCAGGCAGUUGGACAGACGCAGUCAAAUUUAAUGGCACAGCCAAUGACUCCUAAUCAGAAUUUGAUGACUGGUCAAACAGGCAUGGCUGGAAAUCAACCAGUGCAGCAGCUACAGAGACCUCAGGGUUUGAUGGGCCAACAAGUUCCUGGUGAACCACAGCAUGUUAUUAGAGGGCCUCAGGGCCAGUUUACUGCUCAGCAGCAGACUGUCCUGGCACAGCGUAUGCUUCUUUCACAGCAACAACAGAAUACAGCAAAGAAUCUGGCACAGCUCCAACAGCAGCAAAUACCCCAACAGAGACAACUGCCACAAAUGGGUGCAUCGGAACAACAAGGGACAUUGGGAACAUCCCCUUCAAGUGGCGCUCAAGGGAAUGUUGAUAUUUCGCAGCAGGGAGCUCCAGGCCUCUCUCAAGAUGUUCAAAGCCCAGCUCCUAAAGAUGGUGGAAUCCUUAGCCCUAAAACUCCACCCCAGCAAGCUGGAUCCUCAACUCCAGUCCAUAUUCAACAAGGGCCAAGUGGGGAUCUGCAGGGGGCAGUUGGUCAGCAACCAGCAACUGUUGCUUAUAUGGUUCCACAACAACAAGCAACACAGCAGCAACCAGGACAAAAUGUUGGACCAGCACAACAGCAUAGCUAUGUGAACAGCCAGCAGACUGGUAUACAACCUCAAGAACAGAUGCAACUUGCUUUACAACGGCAGAACUCACUCAAUACAGAACAAGUUAAACAGGAAGGUCAGCAAAUGUGUUAUGUUGCUCAGCAGCUACAGCAGGGAGGUCAAAACGUUGCACAAAUUCAGGGCAUGCUAGCACAGCAGAGUGGCCAGAAUCAGGCUGUAAUAACUGGUAAUCCAAAUCAGCAACAAGAUAUAUUGGCCCAACAACAGCUAAAUAGAAGUCAACAAAUAAUGAUGAAUCAGAGGUCAGGUGCACCUCCUGGGCAAAUACGAGCUCCUAUUAACAUUCAAGCCUUAAUUGCACAGAACCCUCAGUUAUGUCACCUACCUCCUAACCAGCAGUUACAGCAAAUUCAGGCAAUAAUUGCUCAGCGGCAGGCUCAACAGCAGGGUCAGAUGCUUCAAUUGCAGGGACAGACACAGGGCCAGAUUCGACCACAAGGCCCACAACCUGUUGGUCCAAGAAUGCCAGGGCUUGAGGCACAGCAGCAGCACCCUUAUGCAUUUGCUGCUAAGCAAGGUCCAGUUGGAUCAUCACAGCAGCAAGGAGUAAUAUGUCAGCCCUCUGUCAUGGCUCCACAGUUUCAGAAUGCUGGAUCAUUGCACCCUCAACAAACCUCACAAGGAGUCUCGCCUCAAUACAACACAACCACCCAACAACAGCAGCAGAUGAUGCAGCAGCAGCAGCACCAAAUGAUGAGAGGCCAGGUACCUUUGGCACGACCAGUGAUCGGCCAGGUUCGCCCAACACCUCUAGGUCACAUGGCGAGACCGAUGUCUCCUCGUCAGCUUAUGGCCCAGGGAUCACCUGGCAGUCCCCAUUCUAGCCAGCAAAGACAAAUCAUGGGUAUGCGCCAGACUCCACCAGGCCAAGGGCAGUGUCUUGGCGUGAGAGCACUUAGCCCUUUUCAGGCUUCCCCUUCUCAUGUUGGUUCUCCUGCUGGUUCUGUUCAAGAAUCUGCCUCCAGUCCAGCAUCUUUUAAUAAACAUGAUUUUGGCACUACUUCUAUCUCUAACCAACCUUCACCUGCAUCUAGAUCAGACUGUGGGCCUGGAAAAAAUAGUCCGUUUAGUAACGUUGGAGCGACAGGAGCCUCUCCGUUAAGAUCACCUAUAGCUAAGACCCCACAGGAAGUAGCAGGCCUCAAGUCUGAGCCUCAUGUUCAAGGUGCCCAAAAGCCAACAGCUUUUAUUCCACUUAAUGGCCCAUCUCCUAAAUCAGCAUCAAACCUGCCACAGCCAUCAGUUUCAGCAGCUGUAGUUGAAGGUGAAAUGUCUAAUGAAAGGGAUUUGUGCAAGAUCUCCCUACAAAAUAUAAAGCAAGAACCUAGAGAGAUUAAUUGUGACUCAAGAGAUAGUGGAGAGGCUUCUUCUGCAACUAUUAAGCGAGAAAUCACUGGUGACUCACUUAACACCAGUAAUAUCUCAUGCCCUGGAAAUCCUCCAGGUGAUCCUAUGAGCCAAAUUCCCAGAACAGAGACGGGCCAACAACUUCUGCAGAAGCUCCUUCGAACCAAGAGUCUUCAGUUGCCAUCACAAAGGACAUCUGAUGGUAUCCACAAUGAAAUAAAUGGGCAUAUUAACAGUAAGCUCGCAAUGCUGGAGCAGAAGCUUCAGGAGACACCGCGCAACAUGGAGGAUCUCCAAUCAAUCACUAAAAGACCGCCUGUAACAAAAGCUAAGCGGCCUACAAAAGCUGGAGAGCGUGGAACAAAUGCUCGAAAAAAGAACAAAAAAGACGAGGCUGGAAAAACUGAAGCAAUAAUGAAGCAGCUUAAACAAGGACUGUCUCUUCUUCCUUUAAUGGAACCCUCCAUUACUGCUAGCCUGGAUUUGUUUGCUCCUUUUGGCAGCAGUCCAGCCAAUGGCAAAACACAGUUAAAGGGCUCUUUUGGAAAUGCAGUAAUAGACAAUAUUCCAGACUACUAUUCCCAGCUCCUUACUAAGAAUAACCUCAGCAAUCCCCCAACACCACCUUCAUCACUUCCCCCAACUCCACCUCCUUCGGUGCAACACAAGCUUUUAAAUGGAGUGACUGCAGUAGAGGAGCUAUCAGAAAGCCAAAAAGAGAGAGCGACUUCAGAAGACAUCACAGACCCUGUUCCUGAAGAGGUAAAGAGUGUAGACAUACUAGCAGCACUUCCCACUCCUCCUCAUAAUCAGAAUGAAGAUGUCAGGAUGGAGAGUGAUGAUGACAGUGAUGUUCCAGACACCAUUGUUCCUGCAUCAUCACCUGAGAGCCAGUUGGGGGACGAGACAUCCCGCUUCCCUCACCUUUUGGAGCUUAAAGAAGAGGAGGAAAAUAGAGCUAUUUCUCCUGUUAUUCCAAUGAUUCCACGCUCCGCUAUUCCUAGUUUUGCAGAAACUAAACCAUUUGAGGCUGGAGAGGGAAAGGCUGGUUCCUCAUCUGGUUCCUGGGACAAGGCAAAGAGCAAUGAAGUGUCUGUAACCUUUACUCUGUCAGCAGCUGCAGCCAAGAAUCUGAACUCUGUGAUGGUGGCAGUUGCCCAGCUACUGCACACCCGUAUGCCAGGGUCCUAUGAAGUGGCUUUCCCACGGAGUCCUGGUAGAGCAGGUGGUGUUGGCCCUGGGAAAACACCUGACUCCAACCCAGGACCUAUAUUUGUAAAGACUGAUCCAUCAGCAAACCAAGAUGCAGAAUGGCUUAAGCAGUUUGAUGUCACCUUGCCAGGCUGUACUCUAAAGAAGCAAGUCGACAUUUUGUCUCUGAUCAAACAGGAAUACACAGAGCAAGAGGAUCAACCAGCUCAGCACUGCUACAUGACCAAUGUGUCAGACCUCGAUGUGCGCCAUCUUCCCAUUAUUCCUGUUGAGGUAUCUCCACCGCCUUCACCCCCACCACCAAUACCACCGCCAUCCGUCUGUGCUGAACCGGAACCUGUCGCUCAGUCUGAUCCUCGCGCUCAACAAGAAUCAGAACCGGAGGCUCCUGCUCAGCCCAAGUCUCCAGCCUCGUCUAGCCCCAAUGCUCCCAUUAAAGCAGAGGCACCAAGUGAGCCUCUGACAAGUGAGCCUCUGACAAGUGAGCCUCUGACAAGUGAGCCUCUGACAAGUGAGCCUCUGACAAGUGAACCUUUGACAACUGAAUCUCAGAGCGCUCCUGUUAAAACUGAGCCUGAGGAGGCUGUAUUAGCCCCUCCAGUUGCACCACCUGAGGAGGCAGCUUCUGUUUCAGUUUCUGUCUCAGCCUCUCAGGAGUCUCUGAUAAUGGAGGUCUGCCCCAAACCCAUUAAACAGCGCAGGCCUUUCUCGGAGGAAGAGGAAGUACGUCCCAAAAUCAAGAAGUGGAAAGGUGUGCGCUGGAAGCGCCUUCAUUUGGUCAUCACCAUACGUAAGGGCAGCUCCAAGAAGGAGAACAGUCGAGAGGUCUCAGAACUCAUGGAGCGCCUGCGUAUCACACUCAGACCAGAGAAGCUGCCACGUGAUAAGCGCAAAUGCUGCUUUUGCCAUGAAGAAGGCGAUGGCACUACUGACGGUCCAGCUCGUCUUCUUAACAUUGACGUAGAUCUGUGGGUGCAUCUCAACUGUGCUCUGUGGUCUACUGAGGUCUAUGAGACUCAGGGUGGUGCACUCAUCAAUGUAGAAGUAGCACUUAGGCGUGGACUUCGCACACGCUGCGCAUGCUGCCAGAAGACUGGUGCCACCAACAGCUGUAACCGUCUCCGCUGCCCCAAUGUCUACCAUUUUGCCUGUGCCAUCCGAGCACGCUGUAUGUUUUUCAAGGACAAAACCAUGCUGUGUACACAACAUAAGCUGAAAGGCCCCAGUGAGGAGGAGCUCAGCAACUUUGCUGUCUUCCGAAGAGUUUACAUCGAGCGAGAUGAAGUAAAGCAGAUUGCCAGCAUCCUACAGCGCGGUGACCGCAUACACCUUUUCCGAGUUGGUGGGCUCAUCUUCCAUGCUGUGGGUCAGCUCCUACCUUCCCAGAUGGCUGCUUUCCACUCGCCUACUGCCAUCUACCCCGCAGGUUAUGAGGCCACACGCAUCUACUGGAGCACCCGUGUGCCAAACCGGCGUUGUCGCUAUCGGUGUCGCAUUAGUGAGCAGGAUGGCAAACCCUUGUUUGAAGUGCGUGUGCUGGAGUAUGGACAGGAAGAUCUACAUUUCCGGGACAGUAAUCCAGACGGCAUAUGGAACAACAUUGUGCAGACAGUUGCCAAGCUGCGUGAUGAGGCAGCCAUGCUGAAGCUGUUUGCUGAUCAUGUGAAGGGGGAGGAAAUGUAUGGACUUACUGUCCAUGCAGUGUUGCGCAUCACUGAAUCGCUUCCAGGAGUGGAGAACUGUCAAAACUACACAUUCAGAUAUGGCCGCCAUCCUCUCAUGGAGCUUCCUCUUAUGAUUAAUCCUACUGGUUGUGCUCGCUCUGAGCCCAAGAUUCUCACACACUGCAAACGGCCUCAUACACUGAAUAGCACAAGUAUGUCUAAAGCCUACCAGAGCACGUUUACAGGGGAAAUCAACACACCCUACAGCAAGCAGUUUGUUCACUCCAAGUCCUCACAGUACAGGCGGUUAAAGACAGAAUGGAAGAACAACGUGUACCUGGCUCGCUCCCGCAUCCAAGGACUGGGCUUGUAUGCAGCAAAAGACUUGGAAAAACACACAAUGGUCAUUGAGUACAUUGGUACCAUCAUUCGUAACGAGGUGGCAAAUCGACGGGAAAAAAUCUAUGAAGAGCAGAACCGUGGGAUCUACAUGUUCCGUAUUAAUAACGAGCAUGUAAUAGAUGCCACCCUCACUGGCGGCCCAGCUCGUUAUGUGAACCAUUCCUGUGCACCUAACUGUGUUGCGGAAGUUGUGACGUUUGACAAAGAGGACAAGAUCAUCAUCAUUUCCAGUCGCAGAAUCCCCAAGGGUGAAGAGCUGACGUACGACUAUCAGUUUGACUUUGAGGACGAUCAGCACAAGAUCCCUUGCCAUUGCGGAGCCUGGAAUUGCCGAAAGUGGAUGAACUAACGGGGAGAGAUAGUGCAAGACAUGCCUUUGCUCCCUGGUGCCAGAACAUUUCUGCGCCAAAGCCUCGUUUUAACAUUUACUACCCAGAUCAUAAGCUGUUCUGAAACAAGAGGAGGGCAAACUUUUACUCUCCAUCAGCUAAAAGAAAAGACUUUUGUUAUUUACAUCAGGAGCCAAAGCUUUGAAGAGAGUCUAUUUAAAGCUACAACUCAUUUUCCGAUGAGCUCAACUGUUUGCUUGAAUCUUCUUGUUGAAAACUCGCCUCUGCCAAAAGCACCUCCUUCCUACUUCCUCUACUGUUCUUCUCCAAUAAGCUGGCUGGAAUCAAUCCUCUCUACAUCUACCAAAAUGUCUGAUUCUGUAUCAUAUCAAUACACUUAGGGUAGAACUCAGUGACGUAAAGUUUGAUUAAAGCCAUUCACGUACUCGAAAAUGAACUAAUACUUUAUCUUUGGACCUAUCUUUUAUUGUUUUGUUUCCCGUUUUUGUUUCUCUACCGCCUCGUCACCCCAGAACAACACUCUCUCCCAUCAAGUCAGCAAUGAAGAUUGACAAAAUGGAUAUUGACAAGACAAUCCUGGAGUGGCUCAGAUCAGAACUAUGUACCUAUUGUGAACAAGAUGUACGAUAAUAUAAAGUUUAAAUAUUAUUUGACCUGUGGCUCAAAAAAAAGGCACCAGAUGUUUUAUUAUAUUGAGUUUAAAGGUGGGUUUGGUUGACCCAGUCUACCUCAUUGAGUUUUGUGGGAAGUGACUGCUUUGUAUUAAACUGUUAAAGUGCUACUGUGGAAAGGGGAAAGGGAGGAAUGUUUUCGAUGCAGUCGCCUUUCUCGGUUAAGCAGGGAAACUUAAGCAGCUGGUUUGCUCCUCUCUGUGUUGCUUAUUAUUUACAGUAGUGAGCCAUUGCGACUUAACACAAUACACAACGACAGAGCCUCUAUGACGGUCUUUCAGCACGAUCAUGCAUUAUUCAGAGCAAUCAAAAAAAAAAAGAUAAACCAACAAAUGGGUGUCUAAUUCUCUCUAGUUCUCAUGUAGCCAUUUUUCCUUCCUGUCUGCCUACUUGCAUCUAGAAAUCAUGCUUUUGGUUUUUUGUUUUUUCUUCCUCUCUCCCCUUUCUCUUAUUUAAGCGCACAACCGCAAAACCAAAUCCACUCUUUACCCAGACAGAGUGAGUGACAGAAUGACUUUCAAGUGAAGCCAGGGUGCUGUUCUUCUUUCUUUUUUUUUUGUUUUGUUUCCUUUCUUCUUGUCAGAUGAUCAUGUUCAAUUCAACUGACAAAGAUCGAUGCCUGAGGCUCUCGACUUAUAACACAUCGUAAGUUAUGAUGCAAGACUACUAUUUUGUUCGCCGUGUUCUUCAUUGGAAUUCGAAAAUGUUUUUUGUUUUUUUUUGUUAUUUUAAUAGAUUUCCAUCCCAUCACUCCGAGCGACUCUUCAUAUAGCUCGUAUUUCUCUUUGUAAUACUUAGUGGACUGUUGUAAACAUACUGUAGUGAGCCUUUCUCUGCCCGAGCACAGGCAGGCUGUAUAAUUUGUGGCGUGAGAACUGUCGGCACUGUCUUCUUGAGGCUGAAGCGAAGGCUUGAGAAAGACUUCUUUUUUUUUUUUUUUCUCUCUCUCAAAAGGGCAUUUGUUUUUUCACUCAUAUUAAAAAAAAUAAUUUAAAAACGAAAAAAAUAAACUAGUUAAUCUUCAGAGAAGGGAGUUGAACAAAGUCUCCACAGAUCACAUAUAACUUUGUUACCUUCCUCCCCAGAUGUAUGACCUCAUAUUUGAAAAAGUAAUGCAACUUGUACAAACUGUAAAUAUUGGUUUGGGGGGAGGCGGGGCUAAAGCUGUUUAUCCCUACCCGUUUUUAAUGAAUAAAAAUCAAAAUUCUAGAGAAAAAAAAUAAAACUAAAAAAUCGAUGGAAUUAAGAGAAACCACUGGAUAUCGUUUUAUCAGAAAGAUUAAAUGUGUAUAUAUCUAUAAAUAUAUGUAAAAUGGAAAAACGAAGUAAUAUCUUGAUAUGUAUAUGACAGAGUGUUUUUGGUUUUUUUUUUUUUGCAGUUAUCUGAUUUUUCUAUUAGCAUUUUGUUUGGCUAUUAAAAAAAAAAAAAGCGUAUACAGACAUAUUCAGAUUAGUGAUGGUUACCAUGUGUUCACCAAUGAUCUUGGAUGAGUGUUUGAGGUGAAUGAGAAAUCGGGAGACCGGAUUCAUGUUUGAUAUUAAUCCUGAUCCUUCUUGCAAAUAGAUCAUGUUUGGAAGAUGAUUGGUAGAAUGGUGUGUAGCCUGUGUGUAUUUAUGUAAUAUUUGUUCACUUCCUUUUUAAUAUUAUUUAUGCUACUGCUUGUGAAAUAACUGAAAUUGGUCAUUGGGUUACCAGUGGGGUUUUUCUUUCUUUCUUUCUUUCUUCCUUCUUUCUUUUUCAUUUGAAAGAAAAGGUUCCUGAUCCGAUACUGUCCACGAUUCGACGAGUGUCUUAUCCCAUCCCCCGUAGAAGUGAACGUGUUUAUAGACCUUGUGAAAUGGCAGUAUAGGCAGUGAUACAUCCCCAAAGUAUCUUCAAGAUAGAAGUUCACCUCCCAAGUCGUGCUCAUGCCCCCCCACCCCACCCCCUCUAUGACGACUAACAGCAGAACCGGUGAACUUUCUCCUUGUGUCGUGUGUAAAUUUAACACUCACUGGAUUUUAGGCGAACCCCUAUCUUUCGAUUUGUUCUAUAUUAAUUUAAAGCCUUCCUGCAUAUCAUUUUAAUUUAAUUAAAAGAAAUACGUUGCUGUUUUUGUUUCGUUUUGUUUUUUAAGCCCAGCCUACUUUUUAAAUAAAAAAACCACAAAAAAAAAAACAAACAAACAAAAGAUGCUGCAUCUGUACAGCAGAGCUACUUUGACGAAGAUUAAAUAAACAUUUUUAUUGUAUGUGGCAUGUUUUGUAUGGAUAUAAUUUUGAAUUGUACAUAUUUUUUGAUGACAGAGGUUGCAUCACUUUAUAUACAGCUGCCCCCAUUACCCUUCCCUCUUCUGUUUUUCUUUGUCUUUGCUUUUAAUUUCUUGUAAAGAAAAAUAAAAAUGCAUUUUAAAUACA